GAUGUAGUUGCGAAGGAAGAGGAGGAGGAAAUCUCUGAUAAAGGAAGUGAAUCUGAAGAAGAGGAAACAAACAGGGACUCGCAAAGUGAAAAAGACGAUGGAAGUGACAGAGACUCUGACAGAGAACAAGAUGAGAAGCAAAACAAAGAUGAUGAAGCUGAGUGGCAAGAAUUACAGCAAAGUAUACAGAGAAAAGAACGAGCCCUUCUUGAAACGAAGUCAAAGAUAACACAUCCGGUUUACAGUCUUUUUUUUCCUGAGGAAAAACAAGAAUGGUGGUGGCUAUAUAUUGCAGAUCGGAAGGAGCAGAUGCUAAUAUGUAUGCCAUAUCAUGUUUGUACACUAAAAGAUAAAGAGGAGGUAGAGCUGAAGUUCCCAGCACCAGGCAAGCCCGGAAACUAUCAGUACACAGUUUAUUUAAGAUCGGAUUCAUAUAUGGGAUUGGACCAGAUCAAACCAUUGAAGCUGGAAGUUCAUGAAGCAAAACCGGUGCCAGAAAAUCAUCCACAGUGGGAUACAGCAAUAGAAGGUGAUGAGGACCAGGAAGACAGUGAGGGCUUUGAAGACAGUUUUGAGGAGGAAGAGGAAGAGGAGGAAGACGACGAUUAAACAAUACUGUUGAUUUGUCCACAGCAUCUGCACACACUGCAAGCUCUUGGUCUGACUGUGGGACUGUACAAUAACCAAGAAACACAGUGCAGAGGCUUUGAGAAGGCUGAGUUUAAUUUUUCUUUACCAGUUAAGAGUGCAUUAUGUAACUUCUCAGUGGAGGUGAAACAAAUCCGUUGCCCUUGAUACACCUUGGAAUAUGCUUAUGGCUCAUUAUAGCCUUCAAGUGCAGGAUGGUGCAUUUGUUUCAAUUGAAAAUAAAAGCUUUUUUAUUAUAAAUGUCCAAAAGUGUGGGCUAUGUAUUGUCUGAUCAGUUUAGGGUCCAAUUUAAAUAAGAGGUACUAUUAGCUAGGAACAAACUUUAAAUCAGUUUUUCUGCAUUAAGAAUUUAUUUUAGAAAACUUUUUUGGUAUAUUUGACAUUGCAGAUCUCUUGUUGAUUGAAACAACACCUUGAUUGGUUCGGUGGCAUUCAUUAAAUAUUUUGCUGUGAUACUGCUCACAUCAUUCAUAGCUUGAAAAAUCUGUUUAACUUGAUCAUCAUAAAUUGGCAUCAUACCCAUUGCCACACUUCAUGUAUUCUGGAGGGCUGCUUUUUUUAGGACUGUUGCCUUUUUAUGCCCAAGAUUAAUAACGAAAAUCAUAAACUUUCUUGAUUCUGCCACAGGAUACUUACUAAUGGCUUAAAACAUUUUUAAGCCUCUAUUUCAUCAGAUCAGCAGAAGAUCUGAGUCUUUUGAUAAACAAAAUGUCUGAAGGCGAUUUUUGGGACCAUGUAUUUACAUAAGUUGGAGGCUUUUGUGUAAUACCUUUGUAAAAGGUACAUGCUGAAAGCCAAAGUAUACUCGUAACUCUGAAUCUGCCUGACACUAUUGGAAACAUUUUAAGGGUAAAACACGACAUGCAGAAGAGGGCAUGUUUUGUAUCAAUUUUGAAUUCCCAUCAAUAAACUGGAAAAUUUGAUGGC